AAAAGUAAGUAAGUAAGUAAGUAAGUAAAUAAAUAAACUACAAACAACAUCUGCCACACAAUACACCAGAUAUUACUUGAGAAGAAAGAAAAACAAGUCAAAAUAUUGACAUAGCAAUACCAGGGGAUAGCAGAAUAGAAGAAAAAGAAAUAGAAAAAAAUAACAAAAUACAAAGAUCUACAAAUUGAAAUUGAAAGGCUGUGGCAGAAGAAGACCAAAAUAAUCCCAAUAGUAAUUGGCACCCUAGGUGCAAUUCCAAAACAUCUUGAAGAGCACCUUAACACCACAGGGGCCACAGAAAUCACAAUCAGCCAGUUAUAAAAAGCAACUUUACUGGGAACAGCCUAUAUUCUGCGAUGAUUUCUAUAACAACAACAACAAUAAUAUUGAUACUAAAAUUCAGCCAUCCCAGGUCCUUGGGAAGGACUCGAUGUCUGGAUAAAACAAACCAGUCAAUAGCACCUGUCUGACUAUGUAAACUAAUAAUAAUAAUAAUGGUGAGACGUAACUUUAAUAAAUCUAUACCGGAUCGGUCGUCGCCCGGGUCAACAAGGACCAUGCCAGAUGCUAUAGUCCCUCGACAUCUGGUGGCAAGUGGGCAACAGGACUCAGGAUCUUCAGUUGAGCAACCAGGGCUGGAGACAGCAAAGUUACUGGAAGAAACGUCGCUUAACCGAAAAAAAUAUACGAAAAAUGCCAACAAGGAAAUAAUGAUCUGCUAUUACAAGUCUAGUCCAACUAGAAGAGGUUAUUUAAAAAGAAUGUACCAAAUUUGGAAAGAGAAGCAUCCAGACACAGAAAUAACAGAACAAAGGCUAGCAGACCAGAGAAGAUUCAUAAUAAGAAAUAAAGUAUUCACAGGAGUUGAGCUGGAAGAACUGCAAAGAGCAACACAGGCUCAAGAUAUGGAAGAAGAAUUAUCACCAAUUGAAGAAGUUGCUCAGGCGCAGGUGGAGGAGGUGUUGGAAAUCGAGGAUGCCACUGUUGCUGAACUGUUUCAAAAUCAAAACCAGGCAACCUCCCCUUUGCCUUCACCUCAAAAACCCAAAUGCCGUUUAACAAAAAAGCAACAAGAACUAAAGCACAAAAUAACUGAGCACAUGAACCAAACAACCACCAGGGUUCGACUUCUAGCUCUAAAAACAGUUGCCAAAAAACAACUUCCUCAGGCAUUAAAAGAUGUCAAUGCUGCACUUGCAGAAAUAACAACCAAUAAUUUGCAAGAAACAAACCAACUAAUGUACAGUGCAGCAACAAUAACAACACAAGAGCUCGGAUAUAAGAUCAGUGAACCUGUAAAAAAAGAAAGCAGUACAUCACCUAAAUGGAAGAUUAUAUUAGAAAAUAAAAUCUCCAGGCUUAGAUCAGAUGCUAGUAAAUUGAAAGAUAUGAAAGACAAGAAGCUGAAGAAUGAAAACACCAAAAAUACCACCUAGAUUCAAGGAAAAUUAGAGAAGUCCUGGAAAUAAUAAAGCAGCAAAUAACAGCAGUGUCAAAGAAGAUUAGCAGAUAUGAAGCCAGAACUACACAACACAGGCAGAAUCUCCAAUUCCAGUCGAAUCAGAGAUGUUUCUACCAAAGCAUAGAAGGAGAAACUGCAAGAAACGUAGAAACACCAAAUAAAGAAGAAACAGUGCAAUUCUGGGGGAAAUUAUGGGACAAUCCAAUAGAUUAUAAUAAAAAAGCAGGCUGGAUGAAAGAGGUCAAAAAAUGUAACCAGCAAAUGCAAGAUCUAAUAAUAACACCAGAAUUAAUAAGUGAAAGAGCAAAGAAAAUUAAAAAUUGGACUGCUCCAGGCAACGAUGAACUGCAUGGCUUUUGGCUUAAACACCUAACAAGCCUUCAUAAACAACUAUCAAAACAGUUCAAUCACACUUUGCAAGGAGGUGAUAUUGAACAAUGGCUAACAACUGGGAAAACUCAUCUCAUCAUGAAAGACCCAGCAAAAGGUGCAGUUCCAAGUAAUUAUAGACCGAUAACCUGCCUGCCAACCAUGUUCAAAUUAUUAACUGGAAUAAUAGCAGAUGAAGUCAUGCAACAAUUAUUAACUAACAAACAGCUUCCAGUUGAACAGAAAGGAAAUUGCCCGAACACCAGAGGCACAAAAGACCAGCUGCUGAUUGACAAAAUGAUUUUAGAAAACUGCAAGAGAAGAAAAACCAAUCUAAGUGUUGCAUGGAUUGACUACAAGAAAGCCUUCGAUUCAUUGCCUCACACAUGGAUACUAAAAUGUUUAGAAACAACUGGUGUCAGCAAAAACAUUCAGAUAUUUAUUUAAAAAGCAAUGAGCAUGUGGAGUACACAGUUAACAAUCAAUGGCAAGACACUUGGACAGGUUAGCAUUAGAAGAGGCAUUUUCCAAGGGGACUCACUAUCCCCUCUGUUUGUAAUCGCCAUGACCCCACUUUCACAAAUACUAAACAAAACCGGCCUCGGGUACCAAACAUCUAAAACAUCAAGUAAAAUCAACCAUCUGCUGUACAUGGAAGAUCUGAAGUUGUAUGGAAAGUCCCAGUCAGAAAUCGAAUCACUGCUAAACACUGUCCGUAUAUUCAGUAGCGAUAUAGCAAUGGAGUUUGGACUAGACAAGUGUGCUGCAUUAAUAAUGAACAGAGGGAAAAUAAGAAAAACAGAAGGAAUAGAACUGCCCAAUGGAAGCAACAUCAAGAACCUGGAAGAGAAAGAACGUUACAAAUACUUGGGCAUUCUCCAGGCUGAUAACAUCACACACACUGAAGUUAAAAGAAAAAAUGGAAGUGAAUAUAUCAGGAGAGUUAGAAAAAUCCUCAAGUCCAAACUCAAUGGCGGGAACACCAUACAAGCCAUAAACACCUGGGCUAUACCUGUUAUCAGAUACACUGCAGGAAUAAUAGACUGGACCCAGGCAGAGCUAGAGACGCUGGAUCGUAAGGCCAGGAAAAUCAUGACCAUCAAUCAUGCUCUGCACCCCCGCAGUGAUGUCGAUAGGCUAUACCUCCCUCACAGCUCAGGUGGAAGAGGAAUGCUGUAAGUCCAUCAAACAGUAGAGGAGGAGAAAAGAGGCCUUGAAGAAUAUAUCAAGGACAGUUAAGAAGGUGCACUUCAAAUGGUCAAGAACGAGAAACUAUUCAACACCAAUGAAACAAAGCAGGCCUACAAGAAAGAACAAGUCAAGAACCGAGCAGAAAAAUGGAGAAAUAAGCCCCUGUAUGGUCAAUAUUUGCACAAUAUAAGUGGAAAAUCAGACAUCACCAAGACCUGGCAAUGGCUUAAGAAUGGCAACUUGAAGAAAGAAACAGAGGGUUUAAUACUGGCUGCACAAGAACAGGCACUAAGAACAAAUGCAAUAAGAGCAAAAGUCAAAAAAUCCACAACAAACAGCAAGUGCCACCUUUGUAAAGAAGCAGAUGAAACAGUGGACCACCUGAUCAGCUGUUGUAAGAAGAUCGCACAGACUGACUACAAACAAAGGCAAGACAAGGUAGCAGGGAUGAUACACUGGAACAUCUGCAAAAAAUACAAGCUACCUGUAGCCAAGAAUUGGUGGGACCAUAAAAUUGAAAAAGUUGAAGAAAAUGAAGAUGUAAAAAAAUAUUAUGGGACUUCCGACUACAAACAGACAAACAUCUGCCACACAAUACACCAGAUAUAACUUGUAGUCGAGAAGAAAGAAAAACAAGUCAAAAUAAUCGACAUAGCAAUACCAGGGGAUAGCAGAAUAGAAGAAAAAGAAAUAGAAAAAAUCAACAAAUACAAAGAUCUACAAAUUGAAAUUGAAAGGCUGUGGCAGAAAAAGACCCAAAUAAUCCCAGUGGUAAUUGGCGCCCUGGGUGCAGUCCCAAAAGACCUUGAAGAGCUCCUCAACACCAUAGGGGCCACAGAAAUCACCAUCAGCCAAUUACAAAAAGCAGCUUUACUGGGAACAGCCUAUAUUUUGCGACGAUAUCUAUAAUAACCAACAGUAUUGAUGAUAAAAUUCUGGCAUCCCAGGUCCUUGGGAAGGACUCGAUGUCUGGAUAAAACAAACCAGUCAAUAACACCUGUCUGACUGUGUAAACAAGAAAUAAUAUACUUGGUCCUGAGGCACUGAUAUGAGCUUCUCUGGCCUUGGCUCUACUUCUUUUAAUAAAGGUCUGGCAUGUUUUAAUGAUACUUAUUAGUCUCUGUCACUUUCCCUUCUGUCUAGAAAGUACAGGUGGGCCUCAUUAUCUGCAGGGGUUCAUCAUUGCUGUCAAUGAGACCACCGGGGGCGGGGGGUUAGGUUCCCAGACUUUGAAAAUAGCACUUUAAAGUUUCAAAACCCCACAAAAACGGGCCAAAUAAAGUGCUCUGCAGGCCUUCUGCAGUCUAGCGAUUCUCCCCACCCAAGUCCCAAAGUCUCAACAUUCCAUGAAAAAUUGCGGGGUUUUGUGUUUAACAGAGCCACAAAAUGGCUCUUCUCCAUAAAAAGACAGCUGGAAAUGACCUCCAAGAUCAUUUCCAGCCACUCACCCCUGACCCACAUAUAUUUGCAAGUUUAACCCCCCCCUUCCCCCCCCCCCCGUAUGCAGUGGUCAGAUGUCUAUCACUCAACCGCAGAUACACAAAUCUACAGGUGGUGAAUCCGCGGAUAGCAAGGUUCUCCUGUAGUACAUUUUAAAAGUUGUACACAAGUGAUGUAGCCUCUGAGCACAGAUGGGAUAGAUAUUCCCAUCUAUGGGAAUAUCUAAAGGGGGAUAGAUAUCCCCGCUUUAAGCCUCAGGCCUCCACUUAAUGCCCAACAGGAUAAUGACUUACUCAAAGCAGUAUCAUUGAAAUUAAAAGUACAUUAGGCAUUCCUUAACAUGUGCUUUUAAUUUCAGUAGGAUUUUGAAUAAUGUUCCUCAUUUUGUCAGUUGCUCUCUCUCUCUCGCUGUAUUCUCUACAAAGUAGAAGAGGAGGCAUUAUAGGCAUUUUUGUUUUAAAUAUACUAACAGAUCUCAUGCCCUUUGGAAUGCUGUGGCUAAUGUCAGAUUCUCUGCGAACAAUCUUUGUGCUGGGUGGAGUGGUGAUGGAUUUAGCUCACAGGAUUUUUACACUGUUUUCCACUCACAUUUUAAAAGGGACUUUUCAAUUAUUCUCCCUUCUCCCAACACAAUUUCUCAGGGAUUGUUUAACUGUUCCCUCAUUAUAUGAGUGCAAGUCCCACUGCGUUUAAUGGAGUUUACUUCCUUCUAGGUGUGCACAUAGAAUUGCAGGUUCCGCUAUCAAAAUACUGCUGGAAAAGUCAUGUGUACUCCAACCCAGCAUCCUCUUUCUUACACUGCUCAGGAAGAGAACUGUAUCUACUAGCCCUGCUGUACAUCUGGCUAAGUUGUAGUUCCAGGACAAGCUCUUAUGCAAGUUGUACUCAUCAGAGUUGUAACUACAGUUAAGUAUUUAGGAUUAUAUCUCUUUUUAUUUUCAUGCAUGUUGUUCAGCUAGUUAUGUUUUUCACUGUCUUAUUUAUCAUCUGAUUUUCUUUAAGCAUGAUGCAUUAGCUUUUGUUUUAUUUUUUAUUAUGCUUUAAUGUGUGUUAUGACUUGUGGUUACAACGAAAAAUUUACAAUAAACUCUCGGUUCUUUCCCAGCCUCUA